AUGUCCACCGAAAAACUGGCCCGCCAUAGCUCAGCCUCUCCAGCCGGAUCUCGCUCACCCUCACCCUCCUCUGCUCAGGACAUCCUCACUCUUCGCGCUCUCGUAAACACAAAGGAGGCUGGCGUCAUCAUCGGAAAGCAGGGGAAAAACGUCGCCGAUUUGAGAGAACAAGCCCAUGUGAGAGCGGGCGUCAGCAAGGUCACCCCUGGCGUGCACGAACGUGUCCUCACAGUCUCGGGCUCCGUCGAAUCUGUCGCCAAGGUCCUCCGCACCCAAUCCCAAUAUCCUUCUUCUUCGACACGUCAUACUUCCAUCCGUCUCCUGAUCUCUCACAACUUGAUGGGUACCAUAAUUGGUCGAAGUGGCUUGAAAAUCAAAACCAUCCAAGAACUUUCCGGCGCUCGCAUGGUCGCAUCCAAAGAAAUGCUACCGCAGUCUACAGAGCGUAUCGUGGAAGUCCAGGGCUCCCCAGAAGCUAUUGGUCGUGCCAUUGAAGAAAUUGGCAAAUGCCUGUUGGAAGACUGGGAAAGGGGUGCUGGCACAGUACCUUUCUACCCAGGUGCAGGUACAAGCGAAGAACGGUCUAGCUUUAAGCGCUCGACCAACGGUUAUGCUCCCGGACCCAUGGCCAACCGCAGGUCAAAUGGUGACACAGUACGGCGCGGUUCUUCACCGCCCUCGCCCCAUUCCCCAUCCACCCAGCAGCAGCCAACCAAUCUUCGCACGCAGAACAUAUCUAUCCCUUCUGACAUGGUUGGUUGCAUCAUUGGUCGUAAUGGGAGCAAGAUCACCGAAAUCCGUCGGCUUUCGGGAUCUAAAAUAUCAAUCGCAAAGAUGCCGCACGACGAUACUAACGAACGCAUGUUUACUAUCGUUGGUACGCCCGAGGCCAAUGAGAAGGCUUUGUUCCUUUUAUACAAUCAGCUGGAGAGCGAGAAGGAGAGGAGGGUUGGAAGGGAGCAGCAGCAGCAGGAGUCACAGGAAUAA